CUAGACAUGCAGACUGCUUCUACAAACAUUUGUGAAAGAAUGGGUCGCUCUCAGGAGCUCAGUGACUCCAAGCGUGGUACCGUGAUAGGUUGCCACCUGUGCACGAAAUCCAUCCAUGACAUUUCCUUGUUUCUAAAUAUUCCACGGUCAACUGUGGGAUUAUAACAAAGUGGAAGCAACUGGUAGGCUACGUAAAAUGACAGACGCCACUGGACUCUAGAGCAGUGGAGACAUGUUCUCUGGAGUGAUGAAUCACACUUCUACGUCUGGCAAUCCGAUGGACAUGUCUGGGUUUGUCGGUUGCCAGGAGAACGGUACUUGCCUGACUGCAUUGUGCCAAGUGAAA